AUGACGAAAACAACUCUAAAAUGCAUCGAUUUCUCUUUCUACACAAGCCUCUUCCUUCUCCUCUUCAGCCAUGCAACCUCUCAGCUCAAUGAUCAAGAGCAAGCAAUCCUACUGAACCUGAAGCAACACUGGGAAAACCCAGAGUCUCUCAGCCGUUGGAGUACCUCAUCAAACUCUUCCCACUGUACCUGGCCAAACAUCACCUGCAAUACCGAUGGCUCGGUCACCGGAAUAUCCCUCCAAAACAUGAAUAUCACCGGAACAGUCCCACCCUUCAUCUGUGACCUCAACAACCUCACAACCCUUGACCUUUCAUACAACUACAUGACCUCUAAUGAGUUCCCGACAGCUCUCUACAACUGCUCCAAACUCCAAUACCUCGACCUCUCCCAGAACUACUUCGCCGGCACACUCCCCAAUGACAUUCACCGGAUGGCUGGGCUUCGCAAGCUCAACAUUGGAGCCAACAGCUUCUCCGGAAAUAUCCCAGCAUCUAUUGGGCGGUUAACAGAGCUGAGGAUACUUCAGCUUUUCGCGUGUCCGUUUAACGGUUCUUUCCCGCCUGAAAUUGGCAACUUGUCCAAUCUUGAACGACUAGAAUUGGCCUACAUUUUGGGGAUCACAACAACAUUGCCUUCGGAGUUCACAAAGUUGAAGAAACUCAAGUAUCUUUGGGUGGCAGGUUCGAAUUUGGUAGGAGAAAUCCCAUACAAGAUUGGAGAAAUGGUGGCACUGGAGCAUUUGGAUUUGUCAAUGAACAAUCUGAGCGGGAAUAUCCCGAGCGGUUUGUUUAUGCCGAAAAAUUUGAGUAUAGUGUACCUUUACAAAAACAAAUUGUCCGGAGAGAUUCCUCGGGUGGUUGAGGCUUCAAACAUGGAUGUUAUUGAUCUCUCCGAGAAUAACUUGACUGGAACAAUACCCGAUGAUUUCGGAAGACUCACCAAAUUGUCGGGUCUGAGUUUGUUUUUCAAUCAAUUAUCUGGAAAAAUUCCAGAUAGCAUAAGUCGUCUUCCGGGACUGAUAGUUCUUAAACUGUUUAGCAACAAUUUUUCAGGUACUUUGUCUCCAGACUUUGGGAGGCAUUCUAUGCUUGAAGAGUUUCAGGUGGCGUCCAAUAGGCUUACUGGCCAGCUUCCACAACACUUGGGUGAUAAUGGAAGGUUGGUAGGAGUUGUAGCUUUCGACAACAACCUCAGUGGUCAACUACCCAAGUCGCUUGAAAAUUGCAAUAAUUUGAGAAUUGUUUUCAUUAAAAAUAAUAGGUUUUCUGGGAAUAUUCCUAGUGGCCUAUGGACCUUAUUCAAUUUGAGCAAGUUGUUGUUAAGCAACAAUUCUUUUACAGGUGAGCUUCCUAAGAGAUUGUCACGAAAUCUUUUAAUGUUAAGGAUAAGUCACAACAGGUUUUCGGGUAAAAUUCCGGUAGGAAUGUUUUCCUCGAAGAAUUUGGUGGUUCUUGAUGCUAGUAAUAACUUCUUAAACGGCACAAUUCCUCAAGAAAUAACAGCUCUCCCUCAUUUAACUACUCUUUUUCUGGAUCAAAAUCGACUCUCAGGCUCUCUUCCUUCAAAUAUUCUAUCAUGGAAAUCGCUGACCACUCUAAACCUUAGCCGAAAUGCAAUCUCUGGACAAAUUCCAAAGGAAUUCGGUUCUUUACCAUGCCUUACUGAUUUGGACUUGUCAGAAAACCAAUUUUCUGGCCAAAUUCCACCGCAACUUGGCUUCCUAAAGCUCACUUCACUUAAUCUCUCUUCCAAUCAUUUGACUGGGAGGAUUCCAAAUGAAUUCGAAAAUGAUGCAUAUGCCAGCAGCUUCUUGAACAAUCCUCGUCUCUGCGCUAAUAGCCCAUCACUAAACAUUCACAACUGCAAUUCCAAACUCCAAAAUUCAAGCAAACCUUCAUCCAAAUUACUUGCAUGGAUUUUAGGUUUGGUGAUAGUUGUUCUACUCGGUUUAUUAGCUUCAUUUGUAGUGAUAAGAAUUUGCAAGAACAGGAAGCAUGAAUUAGAUUUGAAGUGGAAGCUCACGCCAUUUCAGAGCUUGAAUUUCACAGAAUCUGACAUUUUGUCAAGACUGACAGAAAAAAACGUGAUUGGUUGCGGUGGAUCAGGGAAGGUAUACCGAGUUGCUGUCAAUCCAGUAUGUGAAGUUGUUGCUGUGAAGAAGAUUUGGAAUAGCAGAAAGCUAGAACAUAAGCUUGAAAAAGAAUUUAUUGCAGAAGUCAAAAUAUUGAGUUCAAUUAGACAUUCCAAUAUAGUGACGUUGCUAUGUUGUAUCUCUAGUGAUAAUUCAAAACUUCUUGUCUAUGAGUAUUUGGAAAACCGUAGCCUGGAUCUAUGGUUACAAAGGAAGAGUAGAAAAUCAACAGUCUCAGGUUCAAUCCAUCUUAAUUGGCCUAAGAGGUUACAAAUAGCAGUAGGGGCUGCUCAGGGGCUCUCCCAUAUGCACCAUGACUGCUCACAGCCCAUUGUUCAUCGAGAUGUGAAGUCAAGCAACAUCCUACUAGAUUCUGAGUUUAAUGCAAAAAUUGCUGAUUUUGGUCUAGCCAAAAUGUUGAUCAAGCAGGGAGAAUAUACUACAAUGUCAGUUGUAGCUGGCUCUUUCGGCUACAUAGCUCCAGAGUAUGCUCAUACAAUGCGAGUUAAUGAGAAGAUCGACGUUUAUGGCUUUGGGGUUAUCCUUCUGGAACUGGCUACUGGAAGAAAAGCUUAUGAUGAUGAUGAACACACAUCUCUUGUGGAAUGGGCAUGGCGACACAUUCAAGAAGGCAACCCUAUAGUUGAUGCCUUGGACGAGGAGGUCAAGGAACUCUGUUACAUAGAUGAAAUGUGUUGUGUUUUUAAACUGGGAAUCAAUUGUACAAGUAGACAGCCUUCUAUGAGGCCAUCCAUGAAAGAGGUUUUGAAAGUUUUGCUUCGAUGCAACCAGCUGCUCAUUUAUGAAGAGAAUAAUGUUGCAAGUAAGAAUUCGAAGUGUGAGAAGGUAUUAGAAAAUAAUGAUGCAUCCAAUUUUGGAGGCAUAUGAUCAUGAUAGUUGUGUUGUAUGAUAAUAUUAGAGAAGCAAAUAUUUUGUAUUAGUGUGUAGGACUACAAUUAUCACUAGUUUAAUAUAUA